UUCUACGUAUAAUGUGCAGGUGCUCCAGCCAGAGAUCUCGUCAAGAUGACCUUAGAAUCUGCAGUUAAUUUGAAUGAGCCUAUCUGGGACCUAUCAAAGUUUCAAGGAAGACUUCGCUACUAUGCUUGGAUCACUGAUACCCGUUUGACAUUGAUCCCAACAAAAACAUUAUAUCAGUAUAAGGACUUAGUGGACUACUACAGUAAAAACAAAAGCCUACCAUCUGGGUUGACGGUGGCAGACUACCGACGUGCCCAGCAGGCAACACUGUCAGCAUUUCACCCAGACACAGGUGUACUGCAAAAUGUUAUAGGAAGGAUGUCUUUCCAAGUCCCAGGUGGCAUGGUUCUUUGUGGAUGCAUGGUAACAUUUUACAGGAGUCCGGCAGCAGUUGUAUUCUGGCAAUGGACCAAUCAGUCAUUUAAUGCUAUUGUUAACUAUACUAAUGCACCUGGCUGUUCCAGUGAUACCAAAAAAAUCAUGUUUGCAUAUGUGACUGCUACUACAAGUGCAUUAGUGACCGCCCUAGGACUGAAAGCUUUCCUUGCAAAAAAUGCUUCUGCCCUGCUACAGAGGUUUGUUCCCUUCGCUGCUGUGGCUGCUGCUAAUGCUGUGAACAUUCCACUAAUGAGACAAAAUGAGAUUAUAGAUGGAGUUACAGUUUAUGACGAAAACAAUAAGGAAGUGGGGAAAUCCAAGUAUGCUGCUAUGAAAGGGAUCCUUCAGGUGUUUAUAUCCAGAUUAUUUAUUGUAACUCCCUGUAUGACUUUGAUACCUCCUGUCAUGAUGCGGUUAGAAAAAUACGCCUGGAUAAAAAAAUAUGGCCGCUUUGUCAAUGCACCACUCCAAGUCUUUUUCUCAGGAAUUUUUUUUGUUGGCUGUGUUCCUAUAGGUUGUGCACUGUUUAACCAAAGAUGUUCAGUAACAACUGAACGUCUGAAGACAGUUGAACCAGCUGCAUAUGAGAAAAUGAAAAUGGACCUCAAUGGUGAACUCCCACAAAGAGUUUUCUUUAACAAAGGACUCUAAUGCUGUCAAAUAGAUCUGGUGAUAUUCACUCAUGAACCUGCCAAAACAAAUCAUGAUUCUUCAUAUGAUUUUCAUUCAAAAUGUGCUAAAUUGUGACAUGAUCAUUAACGGAUCAUUGAUAUUGGUUUUUUUUGUAUGAUGAGUUACAUUUACAGGAGUGAUGAGUCACCUAUGUUUCAUUAUACAGGUAUCAUGAGUCACCUGUAUUUUAUCUAUAGGUAUGGUGAGUUACCUAUGCUUCAUGUAAAGGUGUGAUGAGCUACCUGUGUUUCAUGGACAGGUGUAAUGAGUUACCUGUGUUUCAUGUACAGGUGUGAUAAGUAACCUCUGUUUCAUGUACAGGUGUGAUGAGCUACCUGUGUUUCAUGGACAGGUGUAAUGAGUUACCUGUGUUUCAUGUACAGGUGUGAUAAGUAACCUCUGUUUCAUGUACAGGUGUGAUGAGCUACCUGUGUUUCAUGGACAGGUGUAAUGAGUUACCUGUGUUUCAUGUACAGGUGUGAUAAGUAACCUCUGUUUCAUGUACAGGUGUGAUGAGUUACCCGUGUUAUAUGAAUAAGUGUGAUGAUUUACCUCUGUUUCAUGUACAGGUGUGAUGAGUUACCUCUGUUUCAUUGACAGGUAUGAUAAGUUACCUCUGUUUCAUGUACAGGUGUGAUGAGUUACCUCUGUUCCAUGUACAGGUGUGAUGUGUUACCUCUGUUUCAUGUACAGGUGUGAUGAGUUACCUCUGUUUCAUGUACAGGUGUGAUGAGUUACCCUUGUUUUGUUUGUAGGUAUUAUGAGUUACCUGGGUUUCAUUUACAACCUGAGUCACAGAUGGUAGACAGUGCUGUGACUACCCUAUAUUUAAGUAUUGUGAUAAUAUUAAGUAUUAAAAACUGGCUUCAUUGUAGAAUACAGGUACAUAUCUACUUAAUACUCAUUUUAUGAAACCCAUAUUUAGAAACAGAGAAAUAUACAAUGUAAUGGGCAUUCUAUAUGAUCUAUAUGAUUGAUUUUAUUUUUAAAAAAGCAACAUUUACAUUAUUUAUCUUGUAAUUCACUCUUUAUAAAGAAAUUACUCCUGUAUGUUUAUGGUAAAUGAUGUUACUGCUGAGCUCCACUUGUAGUGAGGAACAUCUGCAUUAGCCAUGAUUUAGACUCUACAGGAUAGAAGUGCAAAACUAUACA